AUGAACGCCUUUAUCAUCGUUUUCUCAUCUCUUGCGGCGUGCGCAUCUGCCGGUGCUAUUCAUGGUCUCGGCGGCCUUGGAGGCCUUGGGGGCCUGGGUGGCUAUGGUGUCAGCUACGGUGGCCUCGGCGGACUUGGUGGACUAGGUUUUGGCGGCUACGGUCUGAGCGGUCUGGGUGGUGGUCUCAGUGGCCUCGGCGGAAGUAUCAUCAAAUCUGGCAGCGCUCUGGGUGCCCUGACGGCCCAGCCAGUGGCCACCGUGGGCCUUCUCAAGCAGCCUGUGGUACACUACGGCGUUGUUGCCAAGCCCGUAGUCAGCUACGUAGCCCAGCCUUUCGCAACUGUAACCCAGCAAGUUAGGCCGUUCGUCAGCGUGCAUGGUGGCAACGUCGGCGGAGGCCUUGGUGGUAACUUCGGCGGCGGAAGCCUCGGUGGCCUCGGCGGUGGUAUUGGCGGUGGCAACGGCGGUGGCCAUGGCGGUGGCCAUGGCGGUGGAAACGGUGACAGCAACGGCGGUGGUUCCCACAGUGGCAAUCUCGAGGCCUAUGGAGGUGGCAUCGACGGUGGUUUCCAAGGUGGCAGUGGCGGUGGUUACCGCGGUGGAAACCUUGGGGGUUAUGGCGGUGGCCACGGUGGUGGUUUUCGCGGUGGGAAUCACGGCGGUUAUGGCGGUGGCAACGGUGGUGGCUUCCGUGGUGGCAACCUUGGGGGUUAUGGUGGUGGCAACGGCGGUGGAUUCCGCGGUGGCAAUCUCGGGGGUUAUGGUGGUGGCAACGGCGGUGGUUUCCGCGGUGGCAAUCUUGGGGGUUAUGGCGGUGGCAACGGCGGUGGUUUCCGCGGUGGCAAUCUUGGUGGUUAUGGCGGUGGCAACGGCGGUGGUUUCCGCGGUGGCAAUCUUGGGGGUUAUGGCGGUGGCAACGGCGGUGGUUUCCGUGGGGCAGGAUAUGGGGGUGGCGGCCUUGGUAAUGGCGCCGGCCUCGGCGUUGGCGGAAUUGGCCACGCAGCUGCCCUCAGUGCCGCUGGCAUUGGUAACGGUGCGGCCCUUGGGGCAUCUGGUCUUGGUCAUGGAGCCGCGCUUGGUGGUGCUGGCCUCGGCGGUCUCGGAGGCCUUGGAGGUAUCGGAGGCAAGAUCUGGAAAUAAGAGAUUUGCAGAAUUAUUUGUUACCGAGUGCGUCGAUGUGGACUGGAUUUCUUGACGUGCUAGAGGGUAUGGAUUUGAUGUUCAAUGUACAAACGGCGUGCCAUCUUUUUGUUGACGUAUAUGUCGUCCCUUAUAUUCUGUAUUAUAGUACACCUUAAAUAAACUGUCGAUUCCUGUAA